CCGUCUCUGUUGGAUGGACGCUACUGCUUAGUUGCCAAGACGCCGCCACCAGCGCUGCUUUCUAUCCGGCACUGCGGUCUCCUCAAGUGGUCUCGUUCAACGUCCUGAUCCGAUGUGGCGCCCUUUGAUUCGCGCCGCCAGGCUUCGCCCUUCCGCGGCGCGAGCCGACGGUCGAGUGAACGACGGCCGGCUAGCAUCCCUGACAGGCAGUUUCCUCCUCCUGGACGCCGAGAAGCUAACGGACAGCCGUCAUUGUUGCAAUUCGCCAUUGCUUUCGCAGCAGCACGACUCACGCGGCGACGUUGUUGGACGAUCGUUGAAUGGGGAGAGACCUAUACCUCGGGAAGAUCUUAAGGUUCUAGAUCCAACUUUAAAGACCUAUGGCCAGCCGAAUCCAGUGUCUCCUACCCUCUUCGAGUCCCGAUCGCUCAGACAUCAGUUUUUUCGCACAUCAGCGGCUCUUGGGUGCUCGCAGGGGCACGUGGCAGUCGCGGAUUGGUCGAGGCGAUUCAGUACCGACGCACAGAAGUCGAGCUCUAAGCCGGGCCGGGGAGCCAAGGGAUCGGCGCGGGCGGGGGAGAAGGAAGCGGAAAAAACAGGAGACGCGGGGGAGGCGGGGGAGGCGGGGGAAAAUGACGUCAUUCUGACGUCAGCUCACCCUAAAGACCUCUUGGGGCUUCAAGAUAAUACGCUGUUCGAGCUGAGUGAGGAGCAUCUGCAGCAGUUUUUACCCGAGGGUCUCCCUCCUUCAGUGGAAAAAGAAUUUGAAGCCUCCAAAUCCCGAGCCAUCCUUCUCCGGGCAGCCACGAAAGAUUUCAUCCACAAGCUUCAAGCUGCCCGAGACCACCAGUCCAGCUCCUCAGACUCCAGCAAUCUAGUGGAACCUUCCGGCAGUCCAGAAGGGCAGGUUAAAAGCUCCUCCCCAGGCUCUUUUCUGAUCCGAGGCCUUCCGGGCAGCGGAAAAACUUGUCUGUUGCUGACCGCUGUGCUCUGGGCCCGUGCAAACGGGUGGCUGGUGUUUUAUCUGCCCAAGGCGAGAGAAUGGACGAAUGGGGGGCUGUAUUACAAGCACCCUGAGAGUGGGGGUGAGGUGGUGGGGGUGCAGGAGGGAGGGGAGAUGGAGGGUGGAGGGGGAGUGGGGUCUGGAGGGAGAAGGAAGGCUGUUUGGGAUACGCCGAUUCAAGCACAGGCAUCACUCAAGGCAUUCCUUGCUGCCCACCAGGACAUUUUAUCCUCUCUGCCCGUUCAGCUGCCCGAGCCUAUCACUCUGGGAGAGGGUCCAGGCACAGGCUUGGCCCGGGGCAGCCAGGUCGUGUCGCCGGGUUCUGAUUGGUCGCUGGGAGAUCUCGUGAAAUAUGGAGCGGACCACUCGCAUGCUGCCACGAGUGUUGUGGUCCGGUUGAGAGAGGAACUUGACAGAGUGUCCUCAGUUCCUACUAUGAUUGCUAUCGAUGAGUUCAACGCAUGGUUCACAUUCGCGGGGUUCUUUGAGUCAACCGGAGAUAGAAGCCGAAGACAGAUUCAUGGGGGAGAGAUGAGGAUGGUGCAAGCGUUCCGCUCAUUGUCACCCGCCACACCCGCCUCACCCGCCUCGUCCUCUCCACCCAUCGUUGCCGCGGCGUUCUCUGAGUCAAUAGCCGUGGGCCGGCUGCCCCCAGUGCUGCCAGGGGUGCCCAAGGGUGUGCGGCUCAACGUGCCGCGAUUCACUGUGGACGAGACACUCGCGCUGCUACAGUACUAUCAAAAGAGCUGCAAGAUGGGCCGUGUGGCUGAUAGCGAGGAGGCCACUAUCGAGGCUGCAGUGCGUGCGUACAUGGUCACAGGGGGAAAUGCUGCGCAACUUAGAAACGUGGCCCAUUUUCUGUGAUGGGCUACAUUGAAAACCACAGUAUCUCUAUGGGGACCCUUUAUCAUGGUUGCUUGGAUCAUAUGGGAAGAUGCCUUGCCGAAUAGAUAACAUGGCUAAGAACGACGGACGACUUCCAUAACUAGCAACCCAAUUUUGAAAAAGGGGACUGGACUGGAAGCUUGGUGUAGCAGCUACACAUGCCACUGUCCAAUCUAGUUUGUCGUGCACAAAGGAAUGUUUGGAGCAAGCAUGGCCAUAGUGAUCUCAACGAG